AUGGCUACACGGGCAAAUCCGCCAAAGAAGGUCCGGCUCGCUUGUCGUCGUUGUCGCACAAGGCGAAUAAAGUGCGACGGAGAAGUCCCUGCCUGCACGAAUUGCGCAAAAGCCGGCGAAACUUGCCUAGAUGUUGAUAGUCAGAACUCGCGUUUGUUGGUUCCUCGCAACUUUGCGAGUGCGGCACGUGCUAGAAUUCAAUGGCUAGAGGAAAUAAUCAAACAGCGGCUACCUGACGUCGACAUAGCAGGUGGCCCGCAGAUAGACGCCUUUCCGGACCCGAAAGGAUCGGGGUCGUCGGAGGUGGAGACCACGAUGAGGACAAUAUCUCGACAUCGUCUCCCGGUCCGGCCGCGGAUGUAUUCUGGGGUCGCAACGACCAGGCAGUCUCAAGCGUACCGCGGAGGCCGCGGAUCCAACGACCACGACGAAGAGUUCCCGGAUCGUGCACAUUCGGUCGCCAGGAACUUAGGGAUGUUGUCGCUCAACUCGGAUUCAGAUCAAAAGCAUUAUCUGGGAUCGAGUUCUGGUGUUCUUUUCACAAAUCUCAUUGGGGCGUCUCCCUCAAGUGCGGGCUCAACACCGGUUGCUUUGAUUGAUGACGUCCAAGCCCAGGGACCAGCAUCUGAAUGGCACGACAAAGAUGCCAUCAAGCUCGUACACACCUACAUUCGCUGGAUGCAUCCCGACUACCCAGUUUUAGAAGCGACAUCUCUACUCAGUGCCAUUGAUGCUCUGUAUGCAACUUUUGAAUGCUCGCUGGAAGAAGAUCCCUUGCCAAAUGGCUGGCCAAGUUCCGUUCAAGCGUUUAGGUGGAAUGGACGGCAGAUCACCCCGAGCGAUCAAGGUGUGCAAGCGGUGCCUAUGCCCGUUGUUGCUUUUACCCUCUUCAUGGUCUUCAAUAUCGCAGCUAUCAUGAAGAUCAGAUCGCGGAUCUACGAGUUUCCUCCCGAAAGGUUCUACCGUGCCGCUCUACAUUUCUCGAAAGAUUGUUUCUCGCAGAUAUCUCUGUCGUCGAUUCAAGCCUUGGUAACUCUGAUUAUACACAGCAUGUUGACCCCUGCAGAGGUUAAUCUUUUUACGCUCAUCCAUAUUGCAUUGGCGCAUUGCGUGGAACUAGGGAUUCAUAGGGAACCACCUGCGGCCAUCCAGCCAAGUAGCGAAUUUGAGAAUCAGCAAAUUAAGAGGUUGACUUUCUUCACCAUAUACUCCUUGGACAGAUCCAUAUCAUCUAUCCAAGGCCCCCUUGGCUUCCGCGACGAAACAUUCGAUAUCAUGAUGCCUGAACCACAAUUAUCACGCACAGGCAAUACGAACGGCCUCAAUACGAUUCCAUCCUCCUUCUCGGAGGCUGUACUGAGAUAUGCACGACACCAGUUCGAACUCGAUAGACUGAUUUCCGACGUCAAACAACAACUUUACCAUCUGCCCUGCGACUCCUCCUGGUUUUCAAUGCCGCGAAACCCGACCGACCAACAAGAAAGAAUCAAACAAGAGCUCGUGAAUUGGUGGCGGAAGGUGUCUAAAGAAUCCUUUGAUUUCCCGGUCCUUCACAGGUCAUUCGAAACCCUCCUCCCGAGUCUCCAGGUCUGCUUCAACAAUGCUUCGUCCAUUCUGCAGGACUACCAAAUGUUGCACCUUCAUCAUGGAUGGCGAACGGUCCAAAACAUUUUCGCGGCUGGGGCGACGCUGAUCUAUUCUUUCUGGACGUGCCCCGUCGUCCGUCAAAGCGCGUCUACAGCCGACCUUUCCAAAAGUCUACGCGCUUGUUCGGGUCUCUUAGCAGUUGGUGGGGAAUGGUGGCCGUCUGUCAAAGGGGACAGAGAAGUUUCGGGGCUAUUGUCGACCUCACAGUCCGCAAACUUUACACCGGCAAUAUGCCAUCAAAGAAUCCCCGACUCUUCAUGCCUCUCAGCGCCGAAGACGGAGAGACUGCGAUUGAAAACUCAGAAGGGGCACCUCGCUCAACGGGGCGGACGCACCUGGCACCAGAUGGCGGGAGCCUCGAUGGAGCUACCGAAUGCCCACGACCCUGUACAUUGGCAGGAGUCUAUCCCGACCACAUUCCAUUCAACAACGAACGACUAUGUUCCGGAGAUUGAGACUUUUCUUGCCGAUUUCGACAAGUCUGAGUUUAGCUGGAGCUUUCCUUUGACCAGCAUUAGCGAUCCCUACGACAUAGCGAACUUCCCGAACCCGGGAUAUCGAUGA